AUGCAGACCAAGACCGUCCUCGCCGCCCUCGCCGGCACCGCCUUCGCGGCCAACCUCCAGCCCCGUCAGACUGAUCUCGGCGCGGCCACCCAGUGCCUCGACCUCCUCAAGACGAUUCCAACCCCGCCCCCCGACCUGGUCAAGGAGUGGACGACCAACCCCCCCAAGGACUACUGCUCCAUCUCCAUCCCCGCCAGCCUCAGCAAGGACUGGUCCAGCUACACCUCGUCGGCCUCGUCCUGGGUCAAAGCCCACUCCAGCGACCUGGCCAAGUGCCCCGGCGCCGGGCAGGUCACGGCCAAGGGCCCCCUCGACUGCAAGGCCGGCAGCGGCAGCGCCACCCAGGCCACUGCCACCAGCGGCUCUGCCACCGGAUCUGCCACCGGGUCUGCCACCGGGUCUGCCGCCGGCGCCAGCCAGACUACCAAGACUGGAGCUGCUUCCCGCGAGACCGGUAUGGCCUUUGCUGCCGUUGCCGCUGCCGGCUUCGCCCUGGCUGCCUUGUAA